GGCGCUGAUGACAUGUUCGCAUACACCUCAGAAAGUAUGUAGUUGCGCCCCUGAUCGCAGGGACAUACGGGAGUUGUUGCCUAUCUUCAGCACUCUGGGGGCAAGACGUGGGGUACGCCAUAGACAGGUUGUCAGUCCAUCAUAGGACAAACAACCAUGCACACAGUCUAAGGACAAUUUAAAGUGGCCAAUUAACCUAGCAGUCAUGUUUUUAUACUGCGGAAGAAAGCCGGAGUAACUGCAGAACCAACGUAUGCAAGGGGAGAACAUGGACGAAUCCAGACUGAGAUUCACACCCAGAACCCUUCUUGCUGCAAGUGCUACCAAAUGACACUGCGCCACUGGCAAGCCCCUGGUUCUGCUAGCGUUUUUGUAGUCAUGUCCUCAAAAAUACCGACCGACGGUCUUCUAAGAAAAAAAAACUAGCAUAACCAUGAUGACAUAUCUAGGAACAUUACAGAAGAAGCCAUCUGAAGCGGAAGCAAGGAACGAAAAAAGUGGUGAAACGAGGACAUGAACUGGAGGUAUGGACUAUGAAAGGAACGAUAGAACGUCUUCAACUCAAGGAAAGAGACUUCAGAAUAAGAAUACUCCUCCCUCCAGAUCUCCAACUGAAGCGGGCCAGGCUGCACUGCUGUUGGCAGCUGAAACACCUGUUGCGUGAAUAUGAGCACAUAGUGAAGCAGAGGCUGCAGCAGUCGGUGGAUCUUGGCGGUUUCAUUCUGGAGUUGAAAACCGUCUUGGAAGUGGCUCUGAAUCGAUGUCCCGAGGGUCGCUCCGUCCCGCCUCCUCGAUAUUACUCCCAGCUCAUAUCUGAGAUGGAGAUUGUCGGGUGGGAUAAGAUGCUUUCCAUAGACAUGGACUUCCAAACACUGAAGCUGAGGGCCGAGGACUCCUCUGGAAGGCAGCACACUCUCACUGUUAAACUCAAGUCAAAGCAUCCAGCGGAGGCUCCUGACUGUUCAGCUGACCUGCCAGUCCCUUUGACCAUCACCUGGACACCACAGAGUACUCUGGAGCAGCUCCACAGUCAGUUCCUGCUGGUUCUGGAGUCCCUGACGGACUUCUGGGACGUCCUGGACGAGAUCGACGGGAAGACCUGGGUUCUAGAGCCGGAGAAGCCCAGCCGUUCCGACACGAUGAGGCGGAUCGCCAUAGGAAACAACGUCUCCAUCAAGGUGGAGGUGGAUCCGCGGCACCCGCAGAUGCUGCCAGAGUGCUGCCUGCUGGGAGCCGAUCAUGUGGUGACGCCGCUGAGGAAUAAACUGAACGCCAACAUGCACAUGUGGAACCCGGACUCCAGCGUCUUGAACAACCUCCGGGAUGUUUUGGAGAUCGAAUUCCCGUCACCGGCCACCCACGAAAAAUCUAGUUUCAAUGUGGAGUGCGGCAUCUGUUACUCCUAUCGGCUUGAAGACGCCAUCCCAGAUCAAGUGUGUAAUGACCCCCGCUGUGGCCAGCCGUUCCAUCAGGCCUGUCUCUAUGAGUGGCUGCGAGCGCUCCCCUCCAGCAGGCAGAGCUUCAACCUUGUUUUUGGAGAGUGUCCUUACUGCAGUAAGCCUAUUACAGUGAAAAUGGCCACCCAGAAGACCUGAGGAGCAGCACGAAAAGACAGUGACCUUCUACCUGCUCAAUAAGUUGCUUAUGCUAUU